AUGGCGCGCAGAUAUAUGAUUCCGUGGCUGUACGACCUCGGAGUGUGGAUUUUCACCCUCUGUCUCGACAUCUUCUUCCGCGAGGUGUAUUCGCGCGGCGCAUGGCGGAUUCCCAAACGCGGCCCGGUCAUUAUCGUCGCCGCCCCUCAUGCCAAUCAGUUUGUAGAUUCGAUUCUGUUGAUGCGCAUCCUCAAGCACUAUGCCGAUCGGAGAACGUCAUUUUUGAUCGCCGAAAAGUCCAUGCGCGAGCCGUACAUCGGCACCAUGGCCGGCUGCAUGGGCGCCCUGCCUGUCGUCCGAUCGAUGGAUCAUGUCAAGCCCGCCAAGGGCGAAAUCUACCUGCCGGACCCUGAAAAUAACCCGACCCUCGUUCGUGGCAUCGGCACCGACUUCACCACCGAUCAGUUCAUGGUCGGCGGCUCCGUCAUUCUCCCGCGUGUUGGCAAAACGAGUCCCGAACAACAGGCUAUCGAGGAGAUUCUGGGUCCGAAUGAAUUACGACUGCGGAAACCGUUCAAGAACUUCGAGAAGGAUCACCCGCUUUACGAGCCUUUGCGCAAGGGUACCCCGUUCAAGAUCGCCCCCCAUAUUGAUCAGAGCAAGAUGUUCGCCUCCGUGUAUCAGGAGUUGAUCGCGGGUGGUUGUAUCGGUAUCUUCCCGGAGGGUGGAAGUCAUGAUCGCCCCAGUCUGCUUCCGUUGAAGGCUGGUGUCGCUAUUAUCGCUCUGGGAACGCUCGCGCAGGAUCCUAACUGUGGCCUCUCCAUUAUUCCUUGUGGCAUGAACUAUUUCCACCCCAACAAAUUCCGUUCCCGUGCGGUCGUCGAGUUCGGUAACCCUGUUCAAGUGCAUCCGGAUCAGAUUGAGGCUUUCAAGGCUGGCGGUAACUCGAAGCGCAACGCUGUGGGAUCUCUGUUGGAAACAAUCCAGGAGGCACUCACUGCGGUAACCCAACAGGCCCCCGAUCAUGAAACGCUGAUGGUCAUCCAAGCGACACGCCGACUGUACAAGCCCUUGCGAAUGAAGCUCCCUUUGCCCGUUGUGAUCGAACUCAACCGACGCCUGCUCAAAGGAUACACCCAAUUCAAAGACGAGCCCAAGGUUCUCCAGUUGAAAAAGGCCAUCUCCGACUAUAACCGACGUCUCCGAGCUUUGGGAAUUCGGGAUCACCAGGUUGAAUGGGGUGAUGUGAAGCACCGGCCGUGGUGGUUGGUCCUGGGUACUUUGCUCUACCGUGUGGGCGAACUGCUCACGCUUGCAAUCGGAACCUUGCCAUCCGUGGCCCUGUUCUGGCCGGUGUUCGUGACCGCCAAGGUGGUAUCUGUCAAGAAGCAGCGCAAGGCUCUGGCCGGCUCUGUCGUCAAGCUCGAAGGCCGUGAUGUUGUUGGAACCUGGAAGAUUCUGGUGGCUAUGGGAUUAGCGCCUGCCCUGUAUACCUGGUAUACCGUGAUUGUGACCAUCUGGCUCCAUUACUGCCGCCACGACGGGCACUACGCCUCUGUGGUGCCGUGGUGGAUGAACGCCAGGACGUAUAUCCCCGACGCGAUUCCCCUCACGCUUUUCUCCAUCUUCUUUUUCGGCCUCAUGAUCUCCGUCUCGUUCGCGGGUCUCCGUAUCGGCGAGAUCGGUAUCGACGUGCUGAAAUCCCUGCCUCCUCUGCUGGUCGCCCUCGACCCGAGAUCUGCCAACUCGCUCGCGAAGCUCCGUGCCGAACGCCAGGCUCUCUCCGCCCGGGUUGUCGACGUAAUUGACACCUUCGCCCCCGAGAUCUUCCCCGACUUCCAAUCCGAGAAGCUCAUCUCGCACGAGCACCCCGAAGACGACACCUACCAAUCCCGCCUCAAGAGCAUGCCACCCAGCGAACCGGAGAGCCGCAACCGAAGCAAAGACCGGACCAGCCGGAGCCGAUCCCGAACGCGCUUCUCGAGAAGCAAGCCUCCCGAAGGAGUCUUCGUGCUGAAUCCGCCGUCGCGGCUGAAGAUCUUCUCGCCACGCAGCCAGGUCUCGCGGACCAGUCCACGAAGCUUGCGGCCCUGGUAG